GCCCCUUCCAGCUCUCCCCAGUCUCUCUCUCUCUCUCUCUAGAACAGAGGAAGUGGGAUAACUCGAGAGCUCCCAGUGGAUUUGGAUCUCUGGUUCCAUGGAUGAGAACCCAUGUGCAGAAAAUAGCGGGGAAAUAAUUGAGUGUUCUAAUGGAAAAGAGUUAACUGCUUGUGAGAAAAAUUCAGUUAUGGAACCGUUUGUGGGUAUGGAAUUUGAAUCUGAGGAAGCUGCCAAGGUGUCUUACGAUGCAUAUGCAACACACUUCGGCUUCAUCAUGAGAGUUGAUGCAUUUCGGAGAUCAAUGCGUGAUGGGAAGGUUGUUUGGCGUCGACUUGUGUGUAAUAAAGAAGGUUUUCGUAAGCACAGGCCACGGAGAAGUGAAAACAGGAAACCCAGAGCUAUCACCAGGGAGGGUUGCAAGGCAAUGAUUGUUGUAAAGAAAGAGAAGACAGGAAAAUGGGUUGUCACGAGAUUUGUCAAGGAACACAAUCAUCCUCUGGUUGUCGCACCGACCAAUAAUCGUCGCGCUGUGCUCCUAUCGCAAACACCAAUGAAGUCUCAUAUAAAAGCUGGUGACCUUUGGACUAACAUCUUUGCCACUCUGGUUUGGCUGCCAAUUUGAACCAGAUACUGGCUGAUCUGAACAAUGUCAUGACAUUCCGUUGAUGUUAGCUGUAACGUAGUGCGGAGUUUGUUUCCAUGGAUGCUCGCAUGCUUGCUUUCCUACUUGUUGCCAGAAAGGAAAAUUCAAUUUGCAUUCUUUCUUGGUCUUCCGACUCUUCUUAAUAGCAACUAUAUUAACUGUAUCUCUUGGUGCUUAUCAGGAUGAUAAAGAUGUAAAAAUCCGGGAAUUGACAGCUGAAUUACAGCGGGAAAGAAAGAGAUCAGCGGCUAUUCAAGAGCAGCUUGAUAUGGUUUUGAAAGACAUGGAGGAGCACUCCAGUUUCCUAUCGCGAAACAUUGAUGACAUAGUUCAUAGUAUGAAAGAAAUAGAAUCAAAGAGAGUAGUCCUUUAGAACAACUGAUGUAAUGUAUCAGUUUUUUUUAUUUUUUGGGUGCCUUUUUCUGUUAUACAGAGUUGUAGUUUUCUGCAGAUAGAUGGCCCUUUAUGUUAGAUGAAUUUCCCUGUACUUCAGUACUUGUUAGAGAAAAAAAAAGAAAGAAAAAUCAACAAAUUGGGGAGGCUUUGAAUUCCCGAGUUUGCGGCAAAAUAGGCCGUCAUUUAAUUAAA